UUCCCUCGAAUUGUCGACGCGCAUUUUAAAUCGAAUCUAUUAUUCUGCAAUAAAAUUUCUCAACCAAUUGCCAAUGCAUCAAUGAAUUCUCAGCUUUUGAAACAAUUCGGAAUUUUUUACCUUGUCAUUUGGUGUUUAUUUAUUGCGGCAGUAAAAACGUUCUCGGAAAAUUACAUUCGUACAAAAAUUGAAAAAAAGCCUCCAAUUUCCACUCAGUGAUUAGCAUUCGUUAUUUAUUAAAUGCUCGUUGAUGAUGUAAUAAUGGCCGUGAAAAUUCAAUAACUUUUGCCUGUCAAUGAAGGAAAACAGAAGGAAGUGAUAGAUUGCAGUGGAAUUCAAGGAUGAAAAAUUGAAAUAUUACUGUUUGACCGUAGGAACGAUGAUAUCCGUCGGAUUCUUCAGCCAUUUCCUGAAGAUCGAUGAUGCUUUGGUGGGAGUCAUGAGCUGCAUGAGCAAAAUACUGGCGAGUUUGGUCUAUUCAUUUGCCACUGAAGACUGGAUGAUGUAUCUCGCACCACUCGUGGAGAUUGUCAAUGGCACAUCGUUCAUAGCAAUGCGUUCAAUAGCCUCGAAGCUAGUGCCAACCGAUGAACUGGGCAAAGUUAAUUCAUUAUUCGGUGUCUGCGAAUCUCUGAUGCCCCUCGUGUACGGUCCAAUAUACAGUUCUGUUUAUGCAUCGACAAUGAACACCCUCCCAGGUACAUUCUUUUUACUCGGUGGAUGUCUGACAGCUCCAGCAGUAGUUGCUUUCUUAUGGCUGUACAGAGAGCACAGGAGGGACCGGGCUACAUUGGAGCGCGCAAUGAGGAAGGAAAAGUCGAGUAAAACCGAAGAACGAGAAGCCAAUGGGAGUGUUGCUGUUGAAACAAAGACCGAGAAUGAUAAAGAACUGCGAGUUCAGAUAAUGAUGAAUGAUAAACAGUCAGAGUCAAAAGCCUAUGACAAUCCGACAUUUAUCACUGAACACUUAUGAUCCCAUGUAACUAUUUCUACUAUUUCUACUAUUUCUACGAUUUCUACUAUUUCCACUUGUUGAUGCUGAAGGAGAAGGAAGAAAGGGAAAAAUAGAAAAUGAAAUUCAAUAUUCUCCAUUUUAACAUGUAUACAUGGGUUGAAAGGUAAAAAUUAUGUAAAGCCUAAUCACAUCUAAAAGUGAUUUAGUUUUCUUUUAAAACGUUCUGUCAUCACACAUCGAUAGGUCUCUCGUUAGUUCUCCUAUUAUUGUACUGUAGGUAAGAACAAGGCAAGAAGACUAAUAUCCUAUUUUCUUCAUCACUAUCCUAGAAAUAAUCGUACUUAAGUUAUUUAUUUAACGACGAAAUAAAACCAGAUGAGAGUGGUUUGAUUGAUA